AAGAUCAAUCCUAAUAUCAGAUACUGAUAACUAAAAAUUGAUCUAAAACAAGGUUGAUAUGGUAAUUUCAAACAAGGUAACAUUCUUUCCACCCCUUUAUAUACUUCACCCCUUCGAUGCAUUCUUUCUUGUGUGUGUCUGUGUUUAUGUGCCAAAAAAAUUGUUGUUUUCUUGUAUAUUAUUUUUUUAAAAACCUAGUUUUUAGCAUCAACAGCAUUUUCUUUUCUUUUUCUUUGCUAUCUUUCACAGCAAUGGAAGAUAAUCAAGGUCAAGACUCGAAUAAUAGUCCAAGAAACCAAGGGACUGAGAGAAGUGAACCAGUUAGGUCAAGAUGGACUCCAAAGCCAGAGCAAAUCUUGAUUCUUGAAUCCAUCUUUAAUAGUGGAAUGGUAAAUCCACCUAAAGAUGAAACUGUUAGAAUAAGGAAACUUCUUGAGAAGUUUGGUUCUGUUGGAGAUGCGAAUGUUUUUUACUGGUUUCAAAACAGAAGGUCAAGAUCUCGCCGCCGGCAACGCCAGAUGCAGGCUACUCUUGCUGAAGAACAAAGAAAUCAACAAGCUCAAGCUAGUGGUGGUGCAAUUCAAUAUGAUGGUGGCAGCACAUCUUCUUUGGGUUUUGCAAAUUCUUCUUCUUUCAGUGCUGUUUCUGUAUCUCCUCCUCCUUUUGUUGUUGGUUCCUCUACCACUUCUUGUGGACUUGUUGCUUGUGGUGGCGAAGAUGGUGUAGCGAAUAAUCUCUAUUCAAUCCCUAAUCAAAUGGGUUUUCAAGAAAUGGGGCAUACAUCUGGUAUAUCUUCAAUUUUAUGCCCAACAGAAACUUCAAAUUUGAAUUACCAAACUGUUUUUAUCAAUGGAGUUCCAACAGAAGUUCCAAGAGGGCCAUUGGACAUGAAAGCAAUGUUUGGUCAAGAUGUAGUGUUGGUUCAUUCCUCUGGAAUGCCUGUACCCACUAAUGAAUUUGGAUUUCUAAUGCACAGCUUGCAGCACGGCGAAAGCUAUUUCCUGGUAAACAUCGUGGGAAGCUAAUAAUUCUUCACUUUUCAAUCUCUCUCUCUCUUUGUAUGUGCCUUUCUUGUGCUUCAACCAUAAAUAACACUCAUCACCAAAACAUUAGCCUCUUCUGUUCAUGUUCAAAUGAUAUCAUUCUUUUUCUUUUCUUUCCUUUUUUUCCUCUUUCUUCUUCUCCUUCUUCUUCCUGUUCUUGUUUGGUGAAAGAUUAUUGGUUUUUCAAGUGUAAUGUCCAAAUUUAUGUUAGUUCUGAAAUGAACUUCUUUUGCUUAAUAUUGGUAAAUGAAGGAAUUUUUUGAAUUCCAUGAAAACUUUCUUUCUCUUCUCUCUCUCUCUCUCUGUUUACUACUUGGUAGCUCAUUUUUUACAUAAACCAAAGAAUCCAAUGGUAGGAUCAUUUUUAAUCUACUUUAUUUCAGUUCAAGAUUCCAAAAAGGUUGAGAUGUAAAAAUGCUGUUUACAGUUAGGAAUUCCACUAAGAUAUCAAUAAAUAAAGAGUGCUGUCAUUAGGGUUUUCUAAGCACAGUGUUUAGCAGUAACUUAGUAUAGUUUAAUCCAGUUUUUGACAGUUCCCAACUCUCUGUCUCUCAUUUUCUGAUGAUUAAAGAAAUAUAUAUAUAUUGUCUUCUUGAUUAUAAAUACAUUAGAUUAAUUACUAGUUCAUGGAACAUACGUCAGAGAAUUAAACCAUUAA